AUGAUGGCUUACGGGGAUUACGGUCAACGUGUCCUGCACACUCUUGCACAUGUACAGACGAUCAAGCAAGAAUCGGGCAUCGGAGACCCGAGUGAAACUAUUGAAAAGUCAGAUAGUAGAGAUACAGAACUUCCUCUGGUAGAGACAACAAACCCUAGUCUCAUCAGUGUCGCUGAUACUAGCAAAUCUGGUGGAGGUGACGCUGAUGAGGAUGAUCAAGGACCCUUGUAUGAUGGCGGAAAUGACGAUGAUGAAGAUGAGGAUGAUGAUGUUAUUACAGCCUUCAAUAGUGAACUGAAAACUCGCAAUGAGUUUGCCACUGAGAAAAGCAGUAUUUUCCGAGUUAUCAAAGAUUAUUCUAUUGACUGUUCGGAGGAUAGCUCUUUUGAUAAAAAACAGUGGGCCGGCGAAGAACAAGAUGGUCAGCGAUCAGCUGUUGUGGACAAAGUUAUAGAUGAUGGGAAAGAUGAUAGACAUAAGGAGUUUGAUAAAAAGAGGUUUGGGCAAGAUUUAGAUGUUCGACUUCUGAACAUUCAGCACUUGGCUAGAAUGGCUGGAUCAAAUCCGCCUAGCGGAGAAUCCAGUCACUUUGACCUGCCAGAUGCAUUUCGUGGUGAAUCUGAUUGCGAAUCUGAUUCGGCCGAACCAAUUAAUGUGUCAGUGACUGUUGAAACGCCUGUAAGAGGUGGCUCUGGAAAACGAUCAUCAGAACCCGAGUCCCCCAGCAAUCUUGCUUCGUUUUCGCCUGCCAAGAGACGCCUAAUGGACACACGAAGCUCGGCAUUGACUAAACCCAAGAUUGACCAUGCCUCAAUCGAGCACUCAGAACAGACACUUGCCGAUGGUUCUGGUAGCCAACAUGAAAAAAAAAUCGAGCGUGAUGCUGAAGCUGGUGCCGUUCUUCUUGCUCACGAGGAGGAUGAAGACGAUGAUGAUGUCAGCUGCUUUCUCGCAAAUGGAGAUGUGGACUAUCGUCUUCUUGUACAGACUCCUGCAGCAGCUGACUUGUGA